UACUCGAUUAGUAUAUAUCUCGAACAUAUUAAUAAUUAUUUCAAAUCUUUAUCGAAUUGAUUCUAAAAAAAUAUAAUUAUUAAGAAUAUUUCAUUAUUUUGCAUUUUAAGUCGAAUGGUUGCAACGAAAAGGUUUUUAGAAUUUUACGCAGAACUUAACCUCUCAACUGUCAAAACAAAAAAUUUAGUUGGUUAGAUUGAUUGUUUUUAACAUCUUUUAAUAUAUUUUAAUAUGUCUCAAGUAUAUGACAAUUAUUAUAAUGAUUAUCAUAAAAAUGCUGAAAUGCAGCAGAAUUUAAAAUAUAAAAAGAAAUAUCGGAAAUUGAAAAGAAUUGUGAAGGACACAGUUUUUGAAAAUGCAGCAUUAUGCGAUCAAGUGGCACAAAUGCAAGAAAAUCUUAUGCUUAUGAAAGAAGAGAGACUUUUUCUCCUACGAAAAUUAUGUCAGCAACAAGGAGAAAUAGACCCAGGUACAAUGAUGGUACGAUCUCAAUCGAAUAAUCUUAAUUCCUCUUCUUUCAAUUCAGAAUGUUCUACGCCUAAGAAGACAGUAAAGAAGAGAAUCUCAAUGGAUGCCUCGGAGAGUAAAGUUAAGCCAAAACGAUAUAACAAAACAACAAGAAGAGCAGUAAACCUAAUACCUUUAGAUGUAAAUGGAAGACCUAUAUUUCCUAUUUCAUUAGGUGAUCUUACAGUAUAUUCUCUUGGUGAAGUGGUUUCAGAUAGAAUUGCAUAUCAUACAGAAGACCUCAUUUUUCCGGUAGGAUACUGUAGUACAAGAAUAUAUGCUAGUUUACGCGAUGUAAGAGCCAAAAGUUUAUACACUUGCAAAAUUUUGGAUGGUGGAUCGAGACCUAGAUUUGAAAUAGUCUCUGACAAUGAUCUCGAUCAAGCAUUAGUAGGAUCUACUCCCGACGAAUGUCAUUCACGAUUAUUAACAGCCAUUUCCCCUGCUCUUCGCUCAAUAACACCAAGAGGAGCUGAUUUUUUUGGUGUUUCACAUCCUACAAUUCAAAAUCUUAUACAAAGCUCCCCAGGAACUCGCAAACUUAUCGCAUACAAACAACAACGUUUCGAAGUAGGUAAGAAUCAUAUUAUUGAAAGAGGUACUAGUCCUAUGAUAGAAGAAGAGGCAGACCCAGGAUUAGGAUUUGCAGCUCUUCAUAAACACUAUGCGCUAUCUAAUUCUUAUAGAAUUAAGGAAGAACCUUCAGAUCACGAUCUUUUAGCUCUUCAAGAUUUACUUUCAUGAUUUUUUCAACAAAAACAACAAAUACAUUUUAACUCUUUCUUUUAUAAUUCUCUACUUUUCUUUCUCUACUGAAUGUAGAACACAAAAUUAUAAAUAUAGUUUUCCUAGACGAGUAUAUUUUAUGUUAUUUAAAAAAUAUUACAACAGAGUAGAAUGUACCAAAUAUUUAUUAUUUUUAAAUAUGACUGAAUAUUCUUAUAUCUCUGAGACAUAAAUGAUUCAUAAUUGUACAAUAUUGUACAAAAUUUCUCUACUUUAUCUCAUUGUAAUGCAAUCUUUCUUUAUUUGUAAUUAAUAGAUUUAUAUUCUUAUAGGAAUGCACUUUGUGACACACAGACAGUGUUAAAAUAUAAAUAAAUUUGAUACAUUCUAUUUCAAAAAUAAAUUAAAAGUAUUUAUGCAAGAUCCUAGUUUAUUCACAGGCCAUUUGAAUUUCAUAAAUUUAUUCCAAUGAUAAUACACAUUGCAUAUAUCACUUGGUAUAACAUAAUUACUAACUUAAAGUACUAAAUUUAAUUAUUUUUUUCACGAUCGAAUAACUAUAGAAAAAGUAUAAAAUGUUAGCUACCACUUCUAUCUUAUUUAGAUAUCAUACAAUUAUAUUAUGUGCAUCAAGUGUAAAAAUCUUGUAAAUAAUUACCAAAUUUCUAGGA